AUGAAUAAUAACGAUUAUUGUGAAAUUAGUAACAUCAAAUUUGAUGGUUUUUAUGAUCUUAUACAAGAAUUGACUAGUGAUAUUGAAGUUGAAAUAUUAAAAGCACAAGGAACUAAUAAUGUUCUUGCUUUAUUACGAGCAAAAGAUUUAGAUUCAAUUUUUCAAAUUGGUUGGGAAGAACUUGAUGAUUUGAAAAAACGUGCUUGUUUAAAAUUAAAAAGUGGUGAAUAUAUAAUUCGACCAGCUAUAUAA